AUGAAGCUGACAAUCCUCUUCCUUGGCCCCAUGGCCCUCCUCCUUCUGGCUGGCUGUGGCUGUGUCCUUGGCACCUCCAGUGGUAACCUGCGCACCUUUGUGGGCUGUGCCGUGAGGGAGUUCACUUUCCUGGCCAAGAAGCCAGGCUGCAAGGGCCUUCGGAUCACCACGGAUGCCUGCUGGGGUCGCUGUGAGACCUGGGAGAAACCUAUUCUGGAACCCCCCUACAUUGAAGCCCAUCAUCGAGUCUGUACCUACAACGAGACCAAACAGGUGACCGUCAAGCUGCCCAACUGUGCCCUAGGAGUUGACCCCUUCUACACCUAUCCCGUGGCCGUCCGCUGUGACUGCGGAGCCUGCUCCACGGCCACCACGGAGUGUGAGACCAUCUGA